CCCCGAGGUGAGUGGGGGUGAAGAGGCAGCAGCAGCAGCAGCGAAGAUGGCGCCGCCGCCGCUAGCGCGACGUGUCCGCCGCGGGGCCGCGAGCAGCACCGCUCCGCUCUGCUGCUUCUUCUUCGUCGUCGCCGUCGUCUUCGCCGCCGCGCUGGGCCUCGUCAACGGCGACGACGACAACGCCAUCCAACGCAACUCGAACAACCGCAACGGCGGCGGCGGAGGCGCCGCGUCGUCGCGCGAGGGCGAGGCGGCUGCGGGUCACCCCGUCGACGCUGUCGGGGCGGCCGGAGCGGCCGUGGCGCAGCCGGCGGGAGGAUACGGGCUCGAGGGGGCCGCGGGGCCUCCCGCCCCCCCCAACAACAACGCGCCCAGGAGGCCGAUGCAGAAGCGAGGCCCGCAGGGCCCCGCGUGGAAGAUCGCGGAGGAGGCGGCGUGCACCGACGACGUCAAGCACCUGUGCCCCAAGAAUACGUGGGGCAACAACUUCGCGGUGCUCGAGUGUCUGCAGGACAACCCCGAGGUGGAUGAUAAGAUAUCCCCGGACUGUCAUCACCUGCUGUGGAAUUACAAGCACAACCUGACGACGGACGAGCGGUUUGACGUGGCGGCGGGGGAAGUGUGCAAGACCGCCCUGCAGGAGCUCAAGGAGUGCCAGGGCCAGGAGCGUGGCAAGGGCUACCUUAUCUCGUGCCUCAUCGACAACCGGCCCAACAUCACCGACUACCAGUGCCACCAGUUUGUGACGCGCAUGACGAGCAUCGUGUUCAGCGACUACCGCAUGAUCUGCGGCUUCGUGGAGAACUGCAAGCAGGACAUCAACCGGCUGCAGUGCGGACGCAUCGGAGCCGACCCCAAGGACCUCCACUCGCAGGGCGCCGUCGUGAGCUGCCUGGAGAAGGCCCUGACGGACGAGAACGAGCAGAACCAGGGUCCGCAUCUCCAGGAGGAGUGCAAGAAGUCGAUCCUGCGCGUCGCCGAGCUCUCGUCGGACGACUUCCACCUCGACCGGCAGCUCUACUUCGCCUGCCACAGCGACCGCGAGCGCUUCUGCGAGAAGGUCACCGCCGGGGAGGGCCGCGUCUACAAGUGUCUCUUCAACCACAAGUUUGAGGAUGACAUGACCGACAAGUGCCGAGUGGCGCUCACCAUGCGCCAGAAGCUCAUUACGCAGGACUACAAGGUGAGCUACUCGCUGGCGAAGGCGUGCCGUGCCGACCUCAAGAAGUUCCGCUGCACGGGGGAGAACCUUCCGCGGGCUCGCGAGGCCCGCCUCUCCUACUUGCUGCUCUGCCUCGAGUCUGCGGUGCACAAAGGGCGCCAGGUGAGCAGCGACUGCCAGGCCGAGAUGCUCGACUUCCGGAGGAUGCUCAUGGAGGACUUCUCGCUGAGCCCCGAGAUCAUGCUCAGCUGCCGCGGCGAGAUCGACACCCGCUGCUCGGGCCUGCACCGCAAGGGCCGCACGCUGCACUGCCUGAUGCGCGCCGUGCGCGGGGAGGACGGCAAGGCGCCGCUCGGCCAGAGCUGCCAGACCGCCCUCCAGGAGCUGGUUCAGGAGGCAAACCCCGGAGCGGACUACCGCAUCGACCGGGCACUCAACGAAGCGUGCGAGUCCGUCAUCCAGACGGCGUGCAAACACAUCCGCAACGGGGACCCCAUGAUCCUCUCCUGCCUGAUGGAACAUCUGUACACCGACCACAUGGUGGAGGACUGUGAGCAGAAACUCCUGGAGCUGCAGUACUUCAUCUCCAGAGACUGGAAGUUGGACCCCAUCCUGUACCGGCACUGCCAGGGCGACGCGGCGCGCCUUUGCCACACGGUGGGCUGGAACGACACCUCCGAGACCCUGCCGCCCGGGGCCGUGUUCUCCUGCCUCUACCGGCACGCGCACCGCACCGAGUCUCAGGGCCGCCGGCUGUCCCGCGACUGCAAGCACGAGGUGCGCCGCAUCCUGCAGCAGCGCGCCCUGGAUGUGCACCUGAACCCCGAGCUGCAGGAGAGCUGCCUGGCCGACCUGGGCAAGUGGUGCUCUGAGAAGCCGGGCAAGGAGCUGGAAUGUCUGCAGGACAAGCUGGACGAGCUGCUGAAGCCGUGCAAGGACAUUGUGACCAACCUCACGGAGAUGGAGUCCGAGGACAUUGAGAUUGAAGCGCUGCUCAUGAGGGCGUGCGAGCCCAUCAUUCAGGCGUACUGCCACACCGUUGCGGACGACAAGGGUGAAACGGACGACCUGAUGGAAUGUUUGGUGGAGAACAAGCAUCAAAAGGAAAUCAACGAAAAGUGCUACAUUGGCAUUACGCAUUUCCAGCUGAUCCAGAUGAAGGAUUUCCGAUUUUCGUUCAAGUUCAAGACGGCCUGCAAGGAAGACGUUCUCAAGCUGUGUCCGAACAUACGGAGAAAGUCGGACGUGGUGUUUUGCCUGAGCAGCAUGGUGCGCAACGACACGCUGCUGGAGAGCAAGGACCAGCGCGUGUCCGUCAAGUGCCGCAAGCAACUGCGUGUCGAGGAGCUUGAAAUGACGGAGGACCUGCGGCUCGACCCGGAACUGAGUGAAACUUGUGAGCCUGACAUCAAGAAGUUCUGCAAAGAGGCCUCCUUUGGGAAUGCGCAGGUGCUCGAGUGCCUCAAGGACAAGCGGAAGAACCUCAGCCCCAAGUGCCACGAGAAGCUCUUCAAGCGUGAGGAGCAGGAGAUGUCUGAUCCCGAGAUGGACUACACGCUCAUGCGGGUCUGCAAGCAGAUGAUCAAGCGCUUCUGCUCCGAGUCGGACCCUCGCGACAUCAUGCAGUGCCUGAAGCAGAACAAGCACAGCGAGGUCAUGGACCCCAAGUGCAAGCAGAUGAUCACCAAGCGGCAGAUCGUGCAGUACUCAGACUAUCGGCUGAACCCCAUCCUCAAGAAGUCGUGCAAAGGAGACAUCCCCAAGUUCUGCAAGGCUGUGCUGGAGCAGGAGAAGAACGAUGAAGAGUUGGAAGGAAAAGUCAUCUCGUGCCUCAAGCUCAAAUACGGCAAACAGCGUAUGUCCAUGGACUGCGAGGACCAGAUCCGCCUUGCCAUCCAGGAGUCUGCUAUGGACUACCGCCUGGACCCUCAGUUGCAAAUGCACUGCGGCGACGACAUUUCGAAGCUGUGCGCCGACGAGGCUGCGGCGCAGGAGCAGGCGGGGCAGGUGGAGGAGUGCCUCAAGAUCAACCUGCCCAAGAUCAAGAGCGAAGGCUGCCGCACGGAGGUCUUCAACAUCCUGCAGGAGAGCAAGGCGGACGUGUUUGUCGACCCCGUGCUGCACACGGCCUGCUCGCUUGACCUCAAGCACUACUGCGGGGGCGUGGCGCCCGGGGAGGGCAAGCAGAUGUCAUGUUUACUCGAAUCACUGGAUGACAAGACAGUCCGUCUGCAGCCCGAGUGCAAGAAGCGGCUGGUCGACCGCAAGGAGAUGUGGGAGUAUGCAGCCAAGGUGGUGCCUCCCGACAGCUUGGGGGAGCUUGCCAAGACGGUCUACGACUCCCCGUCGCGCACGUACUUCCUGAUCGUCAUCCUCGCCGCCAUCUGCGUGCUCUUCGCCUUCGGCCUGCUGUGCGGCCGCAUCACCAAGCGCGUGGCACGCGAUGUCAAGGACAGGUAGAACGCCCGCCCGCCAGCCAGCCAGCUCGCUCGCCCCAACCAGUCAACGAUCCUACGGCCACGCGUUUGUUGCGUCGAUACACGCCAGCAAAGUUGCGUGCGGUUGUUCUCCUUUUUCUGCCUCUAGCGUCGUCUACUGCGGUCUCUCUUCUCUGUCCACUGCUGCUGUCUGUUGCUCCUCUUCUUUUGCCAUCGCGCUCUCACCGUGUCCGUCUAACUUAUCUGUGGUGCGUUCUGUCUAUCCUCAUGUCUUGCUCGAAGUCUUGCAACGCUGUCGCGCUCUUUCAUCUCCUGGGUUUCUUUCUCUUCCGAGCCUCUCCUCGGUGUGCGAGCUCCUGGUUUUGUGUUGUUGUACUGCGGAUCGUCUUUGAGCGUCUCCACCGUAGCCCCCUUCAUGUCACAGCGCACAUUCCCAUCGGCACUUCGACCGUAGGUCCAAGACAAUUCUUGGAUGGGCGUCUUGUUGGAUAACUGUGAGCGGUUGCAGGUAUCUAACCGGCGGUCUCGUGUUCUCUUAACUCGAGCUCCGUCUCUGUGUUUAUCUCGUGGACCGAUUGUUCAAAGUGUCACACUCUUGACGACACAAUUAAUUGACUUCAUCCGAAAUACUUUAUUUGUAUUUGUUUAUUUGCCCUUGAAACUGAGAAUUGAGAUUUGUAACGGAAUGCUGUUUGGUUCUCCCAACCUUUCCAAUGCAGUGUGCAUGUGGUGACAUUGUAGCCAAGCAAAGCUGCGCUUUCAUUUUUGUCUGAAGAAUUCCCUAUUUUUCAGAAACAAUCUGCAAAAUCCGGAGCUCUAUGUCGCUACAUACUUUUCAAUCGUGCGCAAUUGAAGCGUAAUAGUGUUAGAUGAUACUUGUUUAAUCAAGUGCUGGAUACAAAUUGCUGUUCACGUUGUCAGGAGGUGAAAGCGCCAUCGCCUUGGUUGAGCUCGUUUGAUUCAAGUGUGUUGGUUUUCAUUUUCUUGUUUUCCUUGGGUUACUCGCGAGAGGUAGUCUUUCAAAAGUGACAGAUAGUCGCGAGUGUAAUUCCGCCUGGGAGUUGGGCGGGCUGGUUUGAUUGUCGCGCUGGAUCUUAAAACGCCUCGCUGGAUUUGUGCGUGGCGUUGGCGAUGCUCGUUACGUGACAACGAAACCAAACUCUAAACGUCAAAACGCGAAACGUCAAAACUCUAAACGUCAAAUCGCUACGUGCGGAGUGUUGGUCGAUGGACACGUUCCUCGUGUGUCCCAACAGUUGAGAUUCCCAGCGUAAGAUUAUUCAAUCUUCGGAUUCCCACGUAUUUUUUUUGGGGGGGGCGGCAUUUAAAUACAUUAGCGAGCAAUACAUUUUUCAACUUCGUUCAAUUACAUUGGCGGAACGAAUGGACCCCCCCCCCCCCCCCGGCCACCCUGCGAGUUACGUAGCCUGCGGUUGUGUCGUUGCAAGCAUAUACUCAUUCUACAAUUGUGUCUCGUGCCCUUUGUGUUUAACACAAACGGAUUUGUCCAUCAACCGGUCACCUUACAGAGAGCCAGUGGUUAUAUUUGUUUAGGUGGAACUCAGCUUAUCGUAUUGGGUACCAUUUUUGUGUGUGUGUACAUAUAAAAACAAAAAUAUCAUUAGCUGUCAACCCUAUAAUCUUAAGCCAUUAAAACCCAUUAAUCGAGAAACGGUCUAGUUACUGAUCAUUUAGUUUCAGGGCACAAAUGUACAAACGGGUGUAUUUAAUUCUAAGAAAUGUGGUCAAAAAGGUUCUGUUGGGAUACAAUAAUAUUAUUACUGUUAUUUUUAAUGGCCAGGUGUGAAUUUAAUAAAGUAAUGCGGUUUGUUUGGGAAA